AUGUCCUGUGUGAGUGGCCUAAUUAGAGACCUUGUCAAGACACAACCCAACACGGGGCUCGGGUGCUUUAUCUUCAACUGCAGCAAAAAGGACGCGUCGGUCGACGGCGUGCUACCCGUCUUCGAGCUGCAGGACAUUAGUAUCGACCAAUUGCAGACGGUAGAGCAGUUUGAUGAGGGCUCUGUGGAGGUGCUCGAGGAAAAUCCGGAAAUCAAUUGUGGGGAGCAACUUGCCCGCAUGCUGCAGGUCGCACGCGACAACUUUGUGGCCCCCCCACGCUUCACCAAACCGUACACCGUCCGUCGCAUCUUUCUGUUCUCGGACUGCGACCGGCCCUUCAACGGCAACACUUCGCGCAAAAUCACCCUCUGGAACAUUCUUAACGACCUCAGUCUGGAAAAAAUCAAUAUCACCCCGUUUCUGCUUGCCAACAAGCCCGACUUCGAUCUUUCUGAGUAUCAGACUAUAUUUGAGACUCUUGACCAGUUCCGGCCCGCUGUCGAGAAGCUGGAUAUCGAUCAGGUGGAAGACAAAAUUCUGCGGACCAAGGAACUCAGACGCACUUCCUUUAGAUGCACCAUGGCGCUACGAGACAUCAAGAUAUCUGUUCAAGGAUGUCCGCUAUUCAAAGAACCCCGGUUGCAGAGCCCUUAUCGUUUCUUCGAUGACAAUGGCACGUACCGGUACGUGGAAUCGCAGUCGGUGAGGCUGGACACCGCUACGGGCGCCAAGGUCGACAACGACCACGUUGUAUCAACCAUUGGCUUUGAAAACCAGCAUGUCACACUAAACAGGGACCUUAUGGCCAAGCCGUUCGACAACGAGAACAAACCUGUGCUGCAGAUUGUCGGGUUCCGCAAAAUCGAGUACUAUGUGCACCACUAUUCGGUCGGAACGCCCGCGCUGGUCACUCCAAGCGACUUGGAACAGUACACACACUCACGCCGUUCUUUCUCAGCAUUGUAUCAGACACUCACAGCAAAACGCAAAAUGGCUCUUGCGUGGGGGUCCACGCGCAAAAACCAGGCCCCCACAUCCUACUACCUGGUCCCCACCGCUGCCUCUCUGGGGUACACCACCAGCAUCGAGCCGUACCCUGAGGGCCUUGCGCUUAUCCCACUCCCCUUCAAAGACGACAUCCGCUGCCUACCCGGAUAUUUGUUGCAGAUGGAGCCAAGUGCACCAAUUUUCCCUAAUCAAAUUGAAGACCUGGUUACAGAAAUUAUAGAUAUAUAUAAGCCGCUACCAAACCCGCAGGUCGAGUGGUAUUUUAAGGUAUUAGAGGACCAUCUUUUGCAGCGUGAGGUUGAUUACGAUCCGCAGGUACCACUGGAAAUACAGAAACAGCAGAUGAUCAAUAGCCAGGACCAGCUAAAGAAAAAAUGCAUGGAGCUGCGCAACCGGUUGGGAGACUCCAAGAAACUGAGCCUACUAGUGGCAGCGGUGCGCGCAGAGCUGAACAGAGUGGACAAUUUCCAGCAGCUGAACGUGCAGCCUACCCGUGAGGACAAAAAGGCCAUGUUAUUGACCGACGACAUCGUGCUCAAAGCCUACAAGCUGGGACAGCUGAAUGACUUUACUUCGGACCAGCUGAAGGUGUAUGUGAACUCGAAGGCGAACCUUAUUCCGAAGGCCAAGACCAAGAAGGAGAUGCUGGAGAAUAUCACGGAUUAUUUGGAUCGGACGGUGGACUGA